AUGCGAUGAGCCGGGAAUUCAUUGAUCAUGGCUAACCUACAGAUCUCGUUAGCCGUCGUGGUUGUUCAGGCGGUCCUGUACAGAACCUGCGAGGCUUUGCGGUGUAACUGCACCACUGUCCAGUGUGAGAAGACUGGCUUCCAGUGUGAGACGGAUGGAGCAUGCAUGGCCUCCACUUCCCUCAUUGACGGCCAAGAGCAGCACGUCCGUAGAUGCAUCACACGAGACAAUCUUGUGCCCCCCGGACAACCGUUCUUCUGCCUCGGUGCAGAGGGCUUGCUGAACAUCCACUGCUGCUACACAGACUACUGCAACAGCAUUGACCUCAAAGUACCUUCAGUCACAACUCAGUCAGGACUCGGGGGAGGCUACGGCCCAGGUGGAACAUGGGGGCUGGUGGAGCUGGUCGCUGUGAUCGCAGGGCCGCUGUUCCUGCUGUGUCUGCUGCUGCUGAUGGGUGUGUUCCUGUAUCAGUACCACCAGAGGGCCUACAGCCACAGGCAAAGGUUAGAGGUGGAGGACCCCUCCUGUGACCACCUCUACCUGGCUAAAGACAGGACCCUGCAGGACCUCAUAUACGAUCUGUCCACGUCUGGUUCAGGCUCUGGUCUGCCUCUGUUCGUCCAGCGCACUGUGGCCAGAACAAUCGUCCUCCAAGAGAUCAUUGGUAAAGGGCGUUUUGGGGAGGUGUGGCGAGGACGUUGGAGGGGCGGUGAUGUGGCGGUGAAAAUCUUCUCCUCCAGAGAAGAGCGCUCCUGGUUCCGUGAGGCUGAAAUCUAUCAGACCAUCAUGCUUCGCCAUGAAAACAUCCUGGGCUUCAUAGCUGCUGAUAACAAAGACAACGGCACAUGGACCCAGCUGUGGUUGGUGUCAGACUACCACGAGCACGGCUCUCUGUUCGACUACCUGAACCGCUACUCUGUCACUACUGAAGGAAUGAUCAAACUGGCACUGUCCGCAGCCAGCGGCCUGGCACAUCUUCACAUGGAGAUUCUGGGAACACAAGGAAAGCCAGGCAUCGCCCACAGAGACCUGAAGUCCAAGAACAUCCUCGUGAAGAAGAACUGCACCUGUGCCAUCGCUGACCUGGGCUUGGCUGUCCGUCAUGACUCGGCCUCGGAUACCAUCGACAUUGCACCCAAUCAGAGGGUGGGCACCAAGAGGUACAUGGCUCCAGAGGUUCUGGAUGAGACUAUCAACAUGAGACACUUUGACUCAUUCAAGUGUGCUGAUAUCUAUGCUCUGGGGCUGGUCUACUGGGAGAUUGCACGCCGCUGUAAUAGUGGAGGUAUCCAUGAAGAAUACCAGCUGCCCUACUAUGACCUGGUACCUUCUGACCCCUCCAUAGAGGAGAUGAGAAAGUUGGUGUGUGACCAAAAGCUACGACCCAACAUUCCUAAUUGGUGGCAGAGCUACGAGUCUCUGCGAGUUAUGGGCAAAAUCAUGAGGGAGUGUUGGUAUGCUAAUGGAGCUGCCCGCUUGACUGCCCUGCGCAUCAAGAAGACCCUCUCCCAGCUCAGCAUUCAAGAGGACAUUAAAGUCUGAGCUAAGUCAGCUGAGCGCUGAGCAAGAGCACUGAGCAACACCCGGCUCCAGACUGUUGGACACUGAGAGGAAGGAGCCGGGCCUUCGACAAAGAACGCACAAAGUAAGAGAAAACGAUGGAGAGUCGCACUUUGUAAAAUAUUACUCCAUAGACACUCCUGCCAGUUUUGAAGCCACUUGAUUUCUGACAAACCCUACCUCGCUUACCCAGCCAAACUACCAAGAACACCUUUCCUGUCUUGUCCUCAGCUACUGCUGCCCUUUUUGUUCCUCUCUACACUCCGUACUAACAAGGAUCCUUGGAUUACCUGUGUACUUGUAUGCAAUCGAUAGCAGGAUAUGUAAUUACCCAUUUAACAGUUUGAAAAUCAGUUGCUGAUAUUUCCUUAAAGUCUCUAUGAUCACAGUCGCUUAAUAGAAACAGCAUUUGCUCUUUUUGUCUUUGAAAAUGGGGCCAGCUUGUGGGGGUUAGGAGUGUUUUUAACUUAUUUUUUACUUAUUCUGUUAUUUAAAUGACUAGAUCUUAUUAUUGAUAUAUGGGUGUUUGUGAGGCUAUUGUGCAGGUUUCUCUGUGCCGCCUACAGCUUGAAGGCACAUCACAAACUGCUUAGAAACUCUUCAGAGACAAUAAUCCAUCUGGUACUGCUGCACCUGUGUUUAGUUGUCUGCUGAUUAUCAUGUAAGCAUGUACAAAGCAGUUGAGGCAGUUUGUGUAAAUGCACCCCGUUGACUUCACAGUUACUGGAGCGUUUGGGCAACUUGCCAAACAUGAUUUAGCCUUUGGACCACUUGCCUGGAGCCCUUCCCAUUAAGUCUUGUAAACCUCAGGUUUUCCUUAUGCUUACCAGUCAACAUGUUUUUUUGUCUGCUUAGAGUCAUCUUAAGCAAACUACGCAUUUUGGAAUUAUUAAGCAAAGUGCAUUUUACUGAGGCUUCGUUCACAUUGCAGGGCUUAACGCUCAAUUCUAAUCAUCUACCCAAAUCUGAUCGUUCUGCCUCGACUGUUCACAGUCAUGUUUGAAGUGACUCAUAUCUGACAUCAAUGUGAACAGAUCUCUGCCUUGAAACGCCUCACAUGCUGGUUGGAACAACAAGAAGAAAACGUCACAUUUGCAAAUAGGCAUUUGGGGGAAAAAAUGAACAACGCAGCGGUGCAAGCUUCACCUCCUGAAUGAUCAUAAUUAGUUGUGUGUUUCUGAUUGGGAGAGUGUGUAGCGUAUUUUUGGAGCAAUGGGUGUUUAUUUUCAGGAUAAUGGGCUGUCAGAUAAAUGGGCUUUCAGUCCACUAGCUCUAUUAGCGGCUGUUGUUGGUAGUUCUGUGAAGAGAGAGGUGAGGGUGUGGCCGGGAGAGGAGUCAGCAGUGGUGAAGCCGCAAUGUGGAAGGUUUCACAGAGGAACAGUUCCUCCAAACUUCAGCAUUUCCAGGGCUACAUUGCAAUAUCUGUCUGCAUUACAACAGUGCUGUCACGUCGGCAAGCUGUCCCCAUCAGAAAGAGUCUGUCAGUCGGGCUCUAUUGGCUGACGACUGGGGCAGCCUACCGCAGCAGCGAUAUGGCUACAGCAACCUUCUGUAGUUUUGACAAACCGCACAGACACUGUGUGGUGAGUUAUCUGUAUGUUGACCACCACCAAAAAUCAUGCCUGUGUGGAAAAUCACAUGAAUUCGCUAUGACCUUUCUUACUGUAGUUGUGUGGCCAGUGAUUGGAUAUGUAUCGUGUUUAGGACCACAUAUGAUAGUGGUCCAGAUAUGACUGGAAAAAAAAUCUAAUUUCAGUGUCCACAUGACACCAAAACAAUCAAAAUUGGGCCACAUUUGCUUGUAAUGUGAACAUAGGCUAAGAUGGAGGGUUAAAUGUAGAGCCACAGCUGCCAUGAACUUGAAACUGUAUAUUUUGUCCUUGAUCUUAGCUGACACGCUCGCGUGCUUUGGACUGGGACACUUCCUACAAAUCCCAUGUAUAUUUAAAUCAUAGUAUUCCAGUCUGAAAGCAGCCGCUGUCUCUCAAUCAACCCACAGACCAUAACCUGCCACAAGAGUAAACGUUGCUCCGGCCUCUUGGAUAAGCUGAUAAACACGACAUUCAGAUAACCUUUCGUCCUUUGCAGCAGCAAUCCUGUAUACACUGUACUUAAACUAUGGGGCAAAAAUGUUUCAUUUUUAAUCCCUUUUAAAUACACUAACUCCAGGAAUCUGAAUAAUAGUUUGUUUUUAUGUUUUUAUAUCGUCAAAGCAUGUUCAAUGUUCUUUUCCCCUCAGGGCGUCUUUUCCCUGGCCAAGUAUAACUACUGCACAUAAACUAGCUUUUUAAGGUGAGACUUGUGUAUAUAGGACAGUUACAUUAGAUCUUAUGUUGAGAUUUAGUUCAUGUUUUUAGAUGGUCGAAUCUUUUAUAUCGACUUUUUGGUUGGUGGGAAGAAAAUUACUUUUGUCUUGCUGUUUGUAAAAAGUUUUAUGUACAAAUCUACUUUUUGACCUCUGAUGUGACAUCACUGUAUGUGUCAGACACACUGCUUAUGUUGACUAUAGACGAUAGAGUGCUGCAGGGAUGAUUUUGUUUUGUAGGUUGACCUGGAAGGUAGUGUCGCCCUGGUUCCCUCGUCAAAAAGCCAGUUGGGUUUUCCUAUUGGAUUUUGGAUUAUUACAGAAAAUAAGCUACAAGUCAAACAAGUGUGAUACCUACACGUUUUAUUCGGCAAGAUAAUCCUCACAAAUAAGCACCACUUUUAUGAUUUUUGAACCUAAAUUAAAUUGGCAGAAGUAAUAAGCUAACAUAAGGCUAUAAACAAACAACAUCACGGUCGGUAACUUCAUCGUCACCACCACAACGAGGCUGUAAAGCCGCGUUCAGAGCAUGGACUGUAUAAAUAGAUGAAUGACAUGUUUCCACUUCCUCCAAUUGUACAAAAAUGCAGCCAAAAUAUCCUGGAUAUGGCCACUGCCAUCUUGCAGUGGUGGUCAAAUGGUGGUCAUUUGGAGCCAGUGUCUGCGCAGUAGCAAUCUCUGCUGUGUUGAGUUCCUGCUGAAAGAUCUGUCCAACUAAUUACAAGCAUCGCUAUUGAUCAUGAGCACACCGAUUGACACGCCCAGCUGUCAAUCAUGACGUCAAACCCCAUUUUUAUAGUAUCAAAUAACUCAUUAAAACCAGUCUUAUUAGAAAAAUGAAUAUCUGAGCAAACAUCAGCAUGAUAAGAACUACCUAAAAUGACAGAUGCGAUCUUUGGGAAAAAUUUAUUCGACCUGUACUUUGAUGUUUUAGUUUGGCCCGUGUUCGUCUGCUAACAUGAAGGUGCCAGGCUUUAUGAACCUGUACUGCAGCCAGCCACCAGGGGACAAUCUACAUGUUUUGGCUUCACUUCAGGGAGCUGUUAUUUUGUCCAUUGUCCAUCAAUUCCUCUGAAGCUUGUGUUAGCCACAAACUUUAUUUCAGGCUUCUAACCAAAAACCUACUCAAAAAACCCACUGACUACAAGACGAGGGAACUGGCAGUGCUAACAUGCUAACUCAUUUCCAGGUUUUAGGACUCGUUCCUGCAGCACUCGGUUUGAUUUUAAAUCAAUGUUUCCCCCCCACAGCUAAUCUUGUUCAUCAUACAAUACCUCCUCAAUGUGAACACUGUAUGUGGAUUGUUUCUGUCUAGCUAACACUGUCAGAGAUCACUGUCUACGUUUUUUAUGUUUUCAGGAAAUAGGUGCACUUUUGUCUUUAGCUGUAUGCAAAUCCAACAGGUACUGUCUGUGUGUAGUCGUUCCCAUGUUAUUUAUAUAUGUAUGCUGUGAGUCCCUAUGAAAGCCUGAAAGGCCACAUGUGCACUACUACUGACCUCACAGCAUUAAAACCAAAUUAUUCUCAGAA